AUUGAACCCCACGCUCAUCCUUAUAUAGCACGCAGGCAGCGAGCCACCAGGAGCAGAUCAGAGGCCAGAAAAGGAAUUUAAAGAAGUUUGAGUGGUAUGGCUCUCUCCAGCCCACUGGCUCUGCCUCCUGCUCCAUCAUAUGUGGGCUCUCUCACCCGUCGCCCAUCUACCUUGGUAUCACUGCCGGUAUCUCCUGGCCACCACCUCCGACGUCGGUCACUCUCCGUUUCACCUCAACUUAGCCGUAUGAGAAGCAGCACGCACCGUUUCGUGUUUGCCCAUUCAAAACAAGAGGCGGGCUUCAUGCAGACGAAGGAAAAUGAGGAGGACCUGAUUGGUGCAAUAGAGGUGGAGCUCGCAUCCAUUGAAACUUGUCUGAUGGAUACAGCUGCUCUUUUCGAGGCUCUAAUGUUGGUAGAUUUGAUGGAACGGCUUGGAAUCCAAAGAUACUUCCAACAUCAAAUCCAACGUAUUUUACAGGGAACAUACAUGCAAUGGGAUGAUAAGUGUGGGUUGAAUGAUGCAAAAGCCACAGUGUUAGCCUUUCGCUUGUUAAGGCUUCAUGGGCACGAAGUCUCUGCAGGUGUUCUUAUGGCUUUCGAGGGUGGAAAAAAGAGCUUUUAUGAUUGUUUCUCCGUCGAUUCACCAACCGAUGUAUCAGCUAUGUUGAACCUGUAUAGAUGCUCUCAGAUAGGUUUUCCAUCUGAAUCAGAAAUCAUGGGAGAAGCAAAGGAAUUUGCAAUGUCCCAACUCCUUGACGUCGUGUCCGAGCGGAACCCAACUCUUUUGCAGACCAACAAUCUUAGGAUUGAGGUAAGAGCCCACAAAUGGUGGCAACGUUGUGGGUUUGAUGAAGUGAAACGUGCUCGUAAAACACUUGUACAAGCUUACUUUAUGGUAGCACCAACUAUCUAUGAACCUCAAUUGUCAUCUUUUCGCCUGGCCUACGCCAAGGGUGUAGUCCUCACCACCAUUCUUGAUGAUUUCUUUGAUGACAAAAGCUGUGACCUUCAAGAACUUCAGCGCUUCUAUGAGGCUUUCAGAAGGUGGGACUCAUCUUUUAUUGAUGAUCUUCCUCAACAAAAACUACUAUUCAAAAGCAUUGAUGAUGCCUGUCUAGAGAUCGCAGCAGAAGCCAACAAAGUUCAGGGCCGCAACGUCCUUCCCUUGUUCAAGCAUUUGGUAGUUAUGAAGUUUCUCAAUUAG